AUGGCUAAGACCACGUUCAAUGUGCAACCCACCUUCUUCGGGCGGUCUGCUCUUAUCCCGACAAGCAUGGAAUUGCCGGUGCUUCAGCCGCACGAUCGGGAAGCUACAAAUGCAGGUGGUCUGUUGCGGGAGAUGCUCAUGCUGUCCCCUGUGACUCCUCAAUUGCACAAUUUUCUUGUGGGGACGUACUCGUCGACAGUCCAUAGACUAUACCCGGUCCUGACUGAUGAUGACCUAUCGCGUCUUUCCGAGCAGGCGCUGGGCUCAGCCCCCACAGCGAGUGAAGCUUUUACUCGGAACAUGGUAUAUUCCAUAGCCUGCUACUGCAUCGUAGGACAUGACGAAGCGAACCUAUACCGUCCCCUGGCCGAAGCUUGUCAUCAGGCUGCGUUGAGACAAACAGAGCACGUCACGGCAAAACUUGAUGUCGCCUCGCUACGGAGCAUUACACUAUUGGCACUGCAUAGCCUGUUUGCGCCCCAUCUCGGAAACUGUACUCAGCUGAUCGGUAUCGCGGCCAGAAUGUGCAUUGACCUGUGUCUCUCAGAAAGCCGGGAACCUAGUCUUCACGGUCUGUACAUUUCUGUCCUCUGUAUCGAACGACAAGUUGCCUUGGCUCUGGACAGGCCCUGGGUGUUGAGUCUGAAGGGGCAAGACGACGACACAGCUAAUGUCGAGCCUAUCGCUCUCUUAUACGCUUUGCUCUCCAUCCAAUCUAGGGCCAAGGCCCACAUCUCGACUGACAAACCCUGCGACCUACAAGUCUUGAUGCAAAGUCUCACCAAAAUUGCCGGCCUCAUUUCAGCUUACAAGCAGGAACAGAAAAUUCCCAACCUCAUGUCAGCUUUGAGAGAGACGGAAUUCGCUCUCCAUCCCGAAACCUCGAGCAACAGAGCUUUGCUCUUGAUGUUGUCGUAUCAGCAUCCAGGUUACUGGUUUACGUUUCUCACGCCACUUUGGAUCUUUAGAGGUGUUUGCUGGAUGCUCAAGUGCUCCGAAGAUGCUAGGUUAGCACGGUCUUCCGAGGGGUAUCGUUCAUCUAUCAUGAUGCUGGAUCGAGCGAGCCAGCGGUGGUCUUUCUGCAGAGCUCUAAUCCGAGCCCUCGAGGCUGAGGCUGAUAAGCGUGAUAAGCCGUGUUAA